UGAGGUUUCCAGCGCUGGACGUGUAUAGGAGGCUACGGUGGACGUUCGUCGGAUCCAUGUAUGAACUCUAACUCUGAGCUCCUCGCAACUUUGCCAUGUCUAAUGUUUCCUGACCAAGUGACACCAGCGAGAGAAUGCGGCUGCUUACUUACGCAAGUUUGUUCUGGUUUAUGCUCAAGUCAGGGCUGGCUCUGCAGAUCCAGUGUUAUCACUGUGAAGAGGUCACUCAAAAUGACUGCUCCACACCUGAGUUCAUUGUCAACUGCACUGUCAACGUUCAGGACAUGUGCCAGAAGGAGGUAUUAGUGACAGAAGACGGGAAGCACUACCGCAAGUCCUGCGCAUCGUCUGGGGCCUGCCUCAUCGCCUCCUCUGGCUACCAGCAGUUCUGCACAGGGAAGCUCUACUCAGUGUGCAUCAGCUGCUGCAACACUCCCCUCUGUAAUGGACCCCGUCAGAAGAAACAGAGUUCCAGAAACAGAGUUCCCUCUGCCGCCUCGUCCCUAAGCCCACUACACAGCCUCUCCAUCCUUUUUCUUCCCUUCCUCCUGCGCCCACCCUCCAUAUUCAGCUGAGAGCCUAUGAUUGGCUGGUUUGGUCUCAUCAAGACUGUGGUUAAAAUUUUAGGCUUGAUACGGUGUCCAUACCGUCAAUGGAUGUAUGACGCUGUCCUAACAUAGACACAGUAUUUAGAUGAUGUCUUAAUAAGGACAGCAACUAAAGGUCGAAGGGCAUUGAUUGAAGAAAGGUUCUGAAGGAACCUCCCAAAUAUGUUUAUAGUGUCAGUCAUAUGCACCACAGGAAAGGACUUUGGCGAGUGGAAGUGAGGUGGCCAUGGAGCAAUAUCACUUCUAAUGGGUCACAUUUUACCCCCUUUUUCCUCCUAACAUAACAAUGGUCAUUAUGGCCAAACUAUUUUUGUUUGAUCAGACCAGAGGACAUUUCUCCAAAAAGUACAAUCUUUGUCCCCAUGUGCAGUUGCAAACUGUAGUCUGGCUUUUUUAUGGCAGUUUUGAAGCAGUGGCUUCUUCCUUGCUGUCCGGCCUUUCAGGUUAUAUCAAUACAGGACUCGUUUUACUGUGGAUAUAGAUACUUUUGUACCUGUUUCCUCCAGCAUCUUCACAAGGUCUUUUGCUGUUGUUCUGGGAUUGAUUUUCACUUUUCGCACCAAAGUACGUUCAUCUCUAGGAGACAGAACACGUCUCCUUCCUGAGAGGCAUGACGGCUGCAUGGACCCAUGGUGUUUAUACUUGCGUACUAUUGUUUGUACAGAUUAACGUGGUACCUUCAGGCAUUUGGAAAUUGCUCCCAAGGAUGAACCAGACUUGUGGAGGUCUACAAACAAAAUUCUGAGGUGUUGGCUGAUUUCUUUUGAUUUUCCCAUGAUGUCAAGCAAAGAGGCACUGAGUUUGAAGGUAGGCCUUGAAAUACAUCCACAGGUACACCUCCUAUUGACUCAAAUGGUGUCAAUUAGCUUCAAAUGGUGUCAGAAGCUUCUAAAGCCAUGACAUCAUUUUCUGGAAUGUUCCAAGCUGUUUAAAGGCACAGUCAACUUACUGUAUGUAAACUUCUGACCCACUGGAAUUUUGAUUAAGUGAAAUAAUCUGUUUAAAAAAUUGUUGGAAAAAUGACUUGUGUCAUGCAGAAAGUAGAUGUCCUAACCGACUUGCCAAAACUAUAGUUUGUUAACAAGAAAUUUGAGGAGUGGUUGAAAAACUAGUUUUAAUGACUCCAAGCUAAGUGUAUGUAAACUUCCGACUUCAACUGUAUAUUUGUAGAUGAGCUGGAAGAGGGCCCUAUUCAAUCGGUAUCGCUGAAAGCGCUAAAUUUUGCGUGCUACUGUACACAUGUUCAUUUCUGAUUGAGUCUCUGCGACAGCGGGAACGUUGUCUCUAAUUGUGAAUCAUGCUUUAAAGCUGAACUGGACGACAGACACAAAAUGAACAAAAACACAAAUAAACCAACAAAGAGUAACUGACCAUUUUUUGUAUUACGACAUCCAUUUUAGGAAGUCGUCAACUCUGUCAGUGGUCAGUUAUGGAUGCCAUGCAAAUCAAUGGAAAAUAAUACUUUGGACACAAUGUACAAUGCAGUCACCAGGUCAUGAUGAACAGUGUUGAGAACAUUUUGUGAAUGUGAUAAUAUGAGUUACAGUAUGGAGAAGUGUUUAUCUCUUGUCAAGGAAACACAUCACUGUAAUCAACACUUCCAAUACGAACCUUUUCCAAUGCUCCAACUUUUAAAAUGUACAGUAUGAGAUGAAAUUGGUAAAAAUGAUCCUGACUGUGCUUUGACUGCAUGUAAUAUGUUAGACUCCUCACGUCUUUAGUCUGUAGAGGCACCACACUUAUCAGCUUGUGACAGAUUGGUGCAGUCUUUGUUGGAGGAUAUGCUGUAUUCCUCUCUGAUUGAUUGAUUGAAUACUGUAAUAGAGAAGACAGCUUAGUGGUUCUCCUUGGGUUCAAUUUUCAUGGUCACCUAGAAGUCAUUCUUGACUGUGUUUGACUCACCCGAUCAAUUGUACUUCAUAACCGAAGCCAAGAAGCAUAUUUUGUCACGUUUAUCAAAUCAAAUUGUAUUUGUCAGAUGAGCCAAAUACAACAUGAAAUGCUUACUUACAAGCCCUUAACCAAUAAUGCAAUUUUUUAGAAAAUAAAAGUUAAGAAAAUAUUUACUGAAUAAACUAAAGUUUAAAAAAGUUACAAUAAAAGAACAAUAACGAGGCUAUGUACAGGGGGUACCGGUACUGAGUCAAUGUGCGGGGGGGUACAGGUUAGUUGAGGUAAUAUGGGGGGGAUCAAUGCAAAUUGUCCGUGUAGCCUUUUGAUUAAUUGUUCAGCAGUCUUAUGGCUUGGGGGUAUUUUGCAGCGAUCAAUAAAGUGCAGAAAUUGUCCAAACUAAUGUGUAAAAGCAAAUAGCUUUUUGUGAGCAUGAGUGCGGCCACUGUCUAAUAUACACUAAUGUAGGCUUCAAUAUAAAGGAAACUUUAGAUGACUUUUAGAUUUACACUUUAUUCCUUUUAUAAAUCCAUUUGCAAUGCAUGCCUGCUCCUUUGCACUUUUUAUCGAUUUGACGCUACUUUCCAUGCAUUUUCAUAAUGUGACCACAUGCCGACAGUAGGUUAUCAUAUUAAGGUUCCGACCACGUCGUUCUCCCAACAUGUCACUUUUUUUUUCUUGUUGGUACUCUUUAGGUACAGUAUAUACUAAAGUUUAUUCUCAAAACAAGAUUACAAUAAUAUAAAGACAACGUACACUACUGUUCAAAAGUUUGGGGUCACUUAGAAAUGUCCUUGUUUUUGAAAGAAAAGCAAUUUUGUUUUGUCCAUUACAUUGUUAAUGUUGUAAAUGACUAUUGUAGCUGGAAACGGCAGAUUUUUUUAAAGGGGCCCAUUAUCAGCAACCGGUGAAGAGGCGACUCCGAGUUCCUCUGUCCAGCAUUCUUUUGUCAAUAAUAUAUUACUGACAUUCUUUUGUCAGUAAUAUUUUAUUUUUAUUGGCCAGUCUGAGCUAUGGCUUUUUCUCUGCAACUCUGCCUAGAAGGCCAGCAUCGCAGAGUUGCCUCUUCACUGUUGACGUUGAGACUGGUGUUUUGCUGGUACUAUUUAAUGAAGCUGCCAGUUGAGGACUUGUUAGUUUCUUAAACUAGACACUCUAAUGUACUUGUCCUCUUGCUCAGUUGUGCACCUGAGGCCUCCCACUCCUCUUUCUAUUCUGCUUAGAGCCAGUUUGCGCUGUUCUAUGAAGGGAGUAGUACACAGCGCUAUACGAGAUGUUCAGUUUCUUGGCAAUUUCUCGCAUGGAAUAGCCUUCAUUUCUCAGAACAAGAAUAGACUGAGUUUCAGAAGAAAGUUCUUUGUUUCUGGCAUUUUGAGCCUGUAAUCGAACUCAAAAAUGCUAAUGCUCCAGAUAAUCAACUAGUCUAAAGAAGGCCAGUUUUAUUGCUUCUUUAAUAAGCACAGCAGUUUUCAGCUGUGCUAACAUAAUUGCAAAAUGGUUUUCUAAUAAUCAAUUAGACUUUUAGAAUGAUAAACUUGGAUUAGCUAACACAACGUGCCACAGGAGUGAUGGUUGCUGAUAAUGUAGAUAUUCCAUUAAAAAUCUGCCGUUUCCAGCUUACAAUGGUAAUUUACAACAUUAACCAUGUUUACACUGUAUUUCUGAUCAAUUUGAUGUUAUUUUAAUGGACAAAACAUGUACUUUUCCUUCAAAAACAAGGACAUUUCUAAGUGACCCCAAACUUUUGAACAGUAGUGUAUGUAAACAUACAUGCGUAAAGAACAAACCUGUCCAGACCUGUUUGGAUAAUGCAUUGCGUCAUUUGGAGAUACACUUUGUAGCCUAUUCUACUCUGUGCAUUAGGUCCUAAGUGUCAUUUUUAUUUCUCCUGUGCAGUAAUUGUACUUUGUACACACACAAGAUACUCAGCUCAUCUGUGUGGUGAAUUUUUUUAUGGAUGGGAGAGAUACUCUCAAUAUUUAUCACUGCAACCAAAUAUCAACAGUUAAAGAAUAGCACUAAAUCAAAUCAACCUUUUAUUUAAAUUGCAUUUCAAGUUUGACUUGACUUAGUCCUAUUCUUUAACUUAGAUUUUUGGUUGAGAUGGAGACAUGAAUUCAAUAUAUCAAUUAUACAUUUGUGGACAAACUGGAAUUAAAGCCAGACUAUGUCGGUGGCACAGAUGGUACUAUCCAAGCAGAAGAUGCAGCUCCUUCAAAUUUUGAUAUUUGGUUAAAUUGACAUCAAAACACAAUUCAAUAUAACUUAUGAAAUUCAAUAAAUAGCCUACUAACUUGUUAACCAAUUAUUUGUUGGAUUAACGUCUCCAAUUUAGCCAAAACCAAAGGUUAAAGAAUGGGAUUAAGCCAGUGGCUCAGAUGGUACCAUCUAAGCAGUAGAUACAUCUUCUUUAAAUGUUGGUUGUGUUAACCAAACGCAAUUCAAUAUUACUUUUGUAAUACAGAAUAUAGUCUCAAGUUAAGACUAAUGUAACAUUCAACCUUAAAAUGAGUAACACAUCCAUGGACACAUUUUGAGGUCACUCAAACUAUUAAUUUCUUCAUAAAGCGUGCAUGUUCACGAUAGCAUGCAUAGGUCAUCGCAGGUCUGUGGAGAUCUUCACAAUUGCUGUAAUAAUCUGUAGAGAAUCUCAAAGGACAAUGAUCACUUGUACUAUGUAAUUUUAAUUUAAUCUCAACUGCAAUCAUGGUUCUGCUAUUUGAUGACCGCUUUGUUGAAUACUCAUUUCUGAUUGGCUAGAAGGGCAAUCUAGAAUGUACAUUAAAGCAAGAUAACAGGACAGUUCGAAGAGAUUUUGGGACAUAUUGGGACACCUUGCAAUCAUGACGCAAUAAGCGCCUACACGCAGACCGUACUUGCUACAAAAUUACAGAAAGCUAAACCAACAAUCACACAAACUGAAAUUGGAGACAUUAUAAACGCAGGUCCAACAACUAAAAAAUGUAGCUAGCUAACAUAGAUUUUGUUUUUGCAGAGACAUUGUAUCCAUAUAUUUAGAACAAACGACUGGGUCACGUCUCAAGCAACCAAAAGAUGAAAAUAUCUACGGAAUGUUUUUAUUUGUGUUGGUAAAUGUAUGCUUAUAAUAUUGUUUUCUUUGGCAACUGUGUUAUAAGCAGGAUAAAAGCUUAAACAAACGCAACAGAAUAAAAUAUACUGCUAUUCUGGCUGAAGAAGUUGUGUAGCUGUAGCUAGCUAGCAGCAAGCAAGGGAUAUGAACAUUGCCACUGAGCAUGGCAAUGAAACAUAAAGAUCGAAUGACUGGGUCGCAUCUCUAGCAACCAAAGGUAUGAAUUUGCUUAUAUAAAUAAAUAAAAAGUAUUUCUACCAGUAAAUGUG